AUGCUUUCUAAGAAAGCCUCGUAUCGGUUCAGCCCUGGCAUGGCCAGUCCCCUUGGUUAUCACACCAUCUUCACCGUCGCAAAUCUUCAUUGUGGUUCGUGCUGCCUCACGAUAGAGCAUGCAUUAGCUACUCUUGACCCCCCACCGCUCAAAGUCGAUGUCUCUGUGGUGAAGCAGACAGUCUCUGUCUACCACCCAGCUGGACUUUCUCCAGAGCUCACUGCUGCCGCGAUUCGAGAUGCGGGUUUUGACAUCGACGAGCCCCCUUCCCUACACUCAAUUGAUGAUGUCGACGGCCUUCAUCAGAAACAUCUUCAACAAUGCACAUUUUGUCAAAAGGCCAACGUGGACCUCGCCCAACCGCGUUUAUUUCGGCUGACGUUAUCGGUUUCUGGGAUGUCGUGUGCCAGCUGCACAAACUCGAUCACUCGAGCAUUAGAGGAGCUCACCGGGGUUUCUGAAGUGGCCGUGAGCUUGCUCAGCCACUCAGCAGCUGCUACAAUCGAUGAUGAAGACCGUGCCAAAGCUGCUGUCGAUGCUAUUGAAGACUGUGGAUUUGGUGCACAUGUCGUCAGCGUCGAGCCUAUACGUGUCGGUAUUGCCGAACAGUCGCCACUUCAGUCAUCAAGGACAAUCUCGUUACGCGUUGAUGGCAUGUUUUGCCAACACUGUCCGAAUAGGGCAUUGGAUGCCAUUCGCAGCCUUGGUCCCCGUGUUGUUGUCGAUGCCCCAUUUCCUUCCCUCGUCGAUCCUGUGUUUCACGUAACAUAUCAACCGGACGCCCCGAAACUUACAAUUCGCACCAUCAUCACAGCACUGGAGCAAUCCAACUCUCCACCUUUCAAGGUCUCGCUUUUCAAUGCGCCGUCGCUUGAAGACCGGGCCAAGCAUAUGAGGGCGCGCGAACAGAAAAGCAUCCUCUGCCGAGGUCUCGUCACCUUUAUAGUGGCGAUUCCCACUUUUAUCCUCUCCAUCGUGUUCAUGAGCUUGGUUCACGACAACAACCCAACCAAAAUGUACCUCAUGUCACCGAUGUGGACCGGAAAUACAUCGCGUGCUUCAUGGGCACUCUUUUUCCUGUCAAUCCCCGCUAUGUUCUAUGGCGCCGGACUUUUUCAUCGGCGAAGCAUUAAAGAGCUAUAUGGCUUGUGGCGUCCAGGAAGUAAAACACCGAUAUGGCGACGCCUGAUCAGAUUUGGCUCUAUGAACUUACUCGUCUCUCUCGGAGUUUCGGUUGCAUUCUUUGCGUCAAUCGGCUUGCUAGCACUCGCAGCAAGACAACCAAGACAAGACCGCGGUGACAGCACGACAUAUUUCGAUAGUGUGGUCUUUCUCACACUAUUUUUGCUUGCUGGUCGAUAUUUGGAAGGCUAUUCAAAAGCACGUACUGCUGAUGCGGUUACAGCGCUUGCGGGUCUUCGUCCCGCUCAGACUCAAAUAGUUGUCACGGACUUCGGAAAUGAUCUCACAAUCCCGGAAAAACCCGCAGGGUAUGAUCCUGAAAAGGCGUAUGAUGACUCGCGGGUGGGUAAGGAUAUGCGAGUCCUCAGCAUUCCUGCUGACCUACUUGAAGUCGGAGACAUAAUUCGAUGCAAUACUGGUGCAACGCCACCAGCAGAUGGGACAAUACUUUCACUGACGGCAGGAGAGAUGGAUGUCUUCACAUUUGAUGAAAGCAUGCUCACAGGCGAGUCGAUGCCGGUCACAAAGCGACCUGGUGACAAGGUCUACUUGGGCUCGAUAAAUCGGUCGCAUGCCGCCUUUAUUCGUGUGGAUAGCGUUGGUGGAGGAACAAUGCAAGUUGUCUCCAACAGAACUUUCGGGAAGGCUCAAGGUAUACAGCAUGAUAUCAACAGGAACCUCGCGCUCACUCAUUGGACCAGUCGCCGUGCACCUAUCGAACGACUUGCUGACCUAUGCACUGCUUAUUUUGUCCCACUGAUCACACUCUUGGCAAUAUUGACAUUCCUUGUAUGGCUUGUUCUCGCCUAUUCUGGCGCACUUCCUAGCGACUACCUCGACAUUCCAAUUGGGGGAUGGUUUGUAUGGGCUCUGGAGUUCUCCAUCGCCGCUUUAGUUGCUGCUUGCCCUUGUGGAAUAGGACUAGCAGCCCCAACUGCGCUGCUCGUCGGCUCUGGAAUGGCGGCUAAAGCUGGUAUACUGGCUCGUGGGGGAGGGGAGGCAUUCCAAGAAAUGUCUCGUGUCGAUAUCGUUUGCUUUGACAAAACAGGAACUCUCACAACUGGAACCGAUCCCAGUGUCUCAGACUCGAUUUUCCCACCUUUAAAUGUCCCACUCGCACGGGAGGAUCUUCUGGGAAUGGCGGCCGCCCUCGAGAGCGCUACAUCCCAUCCGCUUGGGCACGCUGUCCACAAGUUCUGUCUAGAAAAUCGUGCAAAAGACCUGACUGUUUCUGAUAUCCAUGAAACCCCUGGUCUUGGAGUUUCUGGUCACUUCGGCCCCACAUCAAUUGUCGUUGGCAGCCAAAAAUUUGUGGAACAGAACGGUGGCUCGCUUGAUCAAUCGACGAUAGCUGCAGUGGACGGAUGGAAAGAGACAGGAAAGAGUGUGGUCUUCAUGGCUGUUUCUCGGGAAGCGCAUUGGGAGGUUGCAGCUGUGUUUGCGGUGUCAGAUCCGAUCCGGGCCGAAGCACCGGAAGUGAUUGCUUGGCUCAAAGAACAAGGCAUUAUCCCGUGGAUCAUAUCUGGCGAUAACCCAACGACCACAGUUGCUGUCGCAAAGGAGCUUGGUGUCUCCCCGGAAAAUGUCAUCGCUGGUGUCUUGCCGCAUGAAAAAGCCGAAAAGAUAGAGCUACUCCAACGAAGUCCAUCUUCCCGUCGGUCGCGACACAAGCAACCUUUUCGCAGUGUUGUCGCCAUGGUUGGGGAUGGGAUAAACGACAGUGUAGCUUUGACUGUUGCAGAUGUUGGAAUUGCUAUCGGAUCUGGAAGCGAUGUUGCUGUCUCGAGCGCAAGCUUCAUUCUGCUCUCUUCUGACCUCAACUCUCUCCGUACUCUUUCUGACCUUUCGCGUCGAAUCAUCAAUCGAGUGAAAUUCAACUUCGCUUGGGCCAUUGUCUACAACCUUUGCGCACUUCCAAUUGCUGCUGGUGUCUUAUAUCCUGCUCAUCGAGUGCGACUAGAUCCCGUUUGGGCAUCUCUGGCUAUGGCACUUUCAUCGAUCUCCGUAAUACUGAGCUCCUUGGCUCUGAAACUAUAUAGUCCUCGUAGUCGUAAAUAG